AUGAAGCUCUCUCUUGCCGCGCUCUCCACGCUCCUAGCGACCGCUACGACGGCAUCGCCUCUUGCUUUCGAAACGCGCCAACAAUGUAGUUCAUCCUGGAGUUAUCCGUAUACCGGCAGAGUGGCUCCCAGUAACUACAAGGCCUUUAACCUCGGAAGCUGCACUGCGCAACUCACCUUCAACAAGGACCGAUACGUAGGAGUGCAAUGGGCAUUCGAAGCCACGUACGCGGACGGCAGUCGCGCCGAACUCAAGCCCUUCCGCGACUUCGACAGCUUCGGUGUCAGCGAUACCUUCUACCCUUACCUUGGCAACAAUUUCCUCACCAAGUAUCCUGGUAGCUCGGCGUUCACAGCUGUGCACGAGUUCAGCAGUGUUUGUAAGAACGGACAGGCGCCUGUCUCAUGGCGGUUCUACACCACGUCAGGGACGUCCAAUGGGUGCUACACAACGGGGCAGAUACGCGCUGUCGGUGGUGUUUCGCGUCCAGCCAAGGUUGCAGGCGUAUCUCUGCGAAGGAGCAAUGAUGCUGGAGACUUCCAGGUCAGCUGGUCGCCGGUAUCCAGCGCGACUGCGUAUUCCGUCAUUGUGGAGUACCCGACUGGUACGGAUGAAGUUGGCAAUCCCUACACGAACGUGCGGGGUGCACGCGUACAGGGAACCUCGACUCAGAUUGCGACUACCACGCGUAGACAGGAUGUAGCGAGGAAGGCGAUUGUUCAUGCUGUCAACUCCCAGGGCGGAGUCAGCGAGUCUUGCGUCGCAAAUGUAUCUCGUCUCGUCCAGGAAUCGCGUGCGGAAAACAUUGCCCGAUCUGUCGACCAGAUCCCUGCUUCAGCCACGAACAGUUACAAGACUGUUAUCGCGUUUGAUAUGAUUCGUGAAAUAAAGGACGAUCGAAUAUUACAGUCCAUCAGCAAGACAGCAAAGUGCGGUGAAUCCAGUCAAAAGGGCGAUGUCGACGGUAUAAUGGAAUGUCCAAGAGGCAAUGAUGACCAGUCGCAACGAGCACGGGAGAAAUGGGACGCUUGGAAACAGCAGAACGGCCUCUCCCGCACCGAAGCCAAACGCCGCUACAUCACCACCCUCAUCGACACCAUGCACAAGUACGCCUCGCCCUCACCCGACUCCCGCGAACUAGUCGCCGAGCUAGAAUUCGUCUGGGACCAAGUCAAAUCCAACGUGCCCUCCUCAUCCUCCUCCUCGCCGCUACGUACCUCCGACCACAUAACCCCCGGCUACUCCCAGCACGAACUAGGCCAAAGCGGCCGCGCAGCCAUGAACAGCAGCAACGACAUGGACCGCCCCCUCCCCGAGCCCCAAGACUCCGACCGCCGCGCCGUGCCCCUCCGCGUAAAAUCACCAAUGUCGCAAUCCGAAGAAGACCUCGAGGAAGAAGAAGCGGAAAUCGAGCGUGAAGGCGAGGUCUUCGUCGACGCCCCAGACUCGCAAUAUAACCCUACAUCCUACCCCGACGACGAUGACGACGCCCCCGAACUCGAAGACGCAGGCGUACAGACCGAUUUACAGCAGUUGAUCCGCGCAGAACCUAUACCUAUACAGACGCCCACGCCCGCGCCACGGAAUCGCGGCAUGGGUGUCUUGGGCAAACCGAUUCAGAUGCCCAUACCAGGUUUCGGCAGUACACCCGCCGCCGCUGGUGGAAACGGUGCCGGCGUAGCGAAAGACAGCUCGCCCAAAGAAUCAGUCGCAGACCAGAAAUGGCGGAAACGCGUCGAGCAAUCGCUCAUGAAGAUGACGGCGGAAGUCGCGGCACUACGCGAACAAUUAGAAGCAAGAAGACUUUUUGCGCAUUCAGUGCACUAUCAGCUUUUUAGAGGCGUGUGGAGAUGGGUUGCUGUUGUGGAUGCGGCGGAAGAAGGAUAA